AUGCCCGCGACGAACGCCCUUCAACCGCCUCUCACCAACAAGGAGCGCAAGAUCCUGAAGAGUGGAUUCGGCGACUGGACCAACUUCUGCGCCUCGUACGGGCUCAAGCCGUGGGACCGAGACGACGCUGCCGAGGCGAAGGCUAUUCUCGAGGCGAUGGCGCGGCAAGGCGAAGAGUAG